UUGUUGUUUUAGUAAACAUUUAUGAGAUAGGUAAAAUCUUUUAUGAGAAAUUACAUUGUAAGCAUUCAUCCGUGAUAUUAGAUAGGUACGUGAAAAAGAACUAACAAGGCAUCAUGAUAAAUAGUCUUGCUACGAUCAUAACUCUAAUAAUUAUUCAAACAGCAGAUUCAAUGAUAAAUCGAAAACAUAACUUUUUAUUGAGCAACAAUAAUCCAGAAGAAGACAUAGUGAAUUUUAUGAGUUCUAAGGGCUAUUUACGAAAUGAUAAAAUUUUGCCUCGGUUAUCAAUAAUGAAGAACACGAAAAAUGAUAUUUCUUAUAUAUUAUCUAAAUUAACCGAUGAAGAAUUAAUAAGGUUGUUAAAUGUUGAGCCAAAUAAGAAUGUUUAUGAUUUAAAUGAUAUUGUUAGAAUAGCGGUGGGCGGUACACAAAUAAAACAAGCUUAUAUUGACGAUACGCUGACAAAUGUUGAUAAUAAAAGCUAUCCAAUACCAUAUAUCAGUAAUGCUCAAACAGCAUAUCAUAAAUUGAAUCAAAAAGAAAUAUUUCCUCAGAAACAAAAAAAUAGCGCAAGUUUUUUGGCUUUAAAAAAACUUCAUAAUCUUAUACAUAAUCGAUCCCAACAAGAGCCUCAAGAGGAAAAACUAAGCGACGAGAAGAAAGAAUUAUUAUUUGAUAUCCUCGUUGCUCAAUUAAAAACAUUAUGUUGUAAAAGUACUUUUAAAAAACGGAACUCGCAAUUUAACGAUCUUCAUACUGAUAUAAUUGCUGAAAAAAUGCCUAUACAGUCUCAAAAUAAACCACAACCACAUACAAUAAAUAAAAAAAAUUAUGAAUAUAUUUUUUUAAUUUUAAAUGACGAAAUUAAAAAUAUGGGUGAUGAUGAUUUAGUAGUUGUGGAUCCUGACACCCUCGAAAAAAAUAGCAGCGUUUUGAUUCUAGGACCAGUUACAUCUCCAUUGGCUGAUGACCAACUGAAAAUAGUAAUGAAUCGCAUUUCCCACGAAUUAUCAAAACCCGAGUAUAUUCCAUUAAUACAACAACUUUCUGAUGGGACUAUUGGUGAUAGUAAUGUUAAUGUUUUGAAAAAUUUCAUUUCUGGUCCUGAAACACGAAGGUACAUAAAAGCUCACAGAUGCAAUCAUCAGUCAAAACUGGCAAAAAUUUAUGGGGGGCCAAAAUGGUUAAUUUGUACUGGCUACUUAAAUAUAAACACACCGAGUCUAUACGAUUAAUUACU